GCUGACUCCUCUUCACUGUGCAGCCAGGAAUGGCCACGUUCGCAUCCUUGAGAUCCUGCUGGAACACGGUGCUCCCAUCCAAGCUAAAACCAAGAACGGUUUGUCCCCCAUCCACAUGGCAGCUCAGGGUGAUCACAUGGACUGCGUCAGGCAGCUACUGCAGUACAGUGCUGAGAUUGAUGAUAUCACACUGGACCAUUUAACCCCUCUUCAUGUAGCAGCCCACUGUGGUCACCAUCGGAUGGCCAAAGUCUUACUGGACAAGGGGGCCAAAGCCAAUGCACGUGCUCUGAAUGGCUUCACACCUCUCCAUAUUGCUUGCAAGAAGAACCACAUGCGGUCCAUGGACCUGCUGCUGAAGCAUUCUGCUUCCCUAGAAGCUGUCACAGAGUCUGGUCUCACUCCUCUUCAUGUAGCAGCAUUCAUGGGCCAUCUGAACAUAGUGAAGAACCUGCUCCAGAGAGGGGCCUCACCUAAUGCUUCCAAUGUGAAAGUGGAGACUCCCCUCCACAUGGCCUCUAGAGCAGGACACUGCGAAGUUGCUCAGUUCCUGCUGCAGAACGCAGCCCAAGUGGACGCCAGGGCUAAGGAUGACCAGACACCCCUACACUGUGCGGCCCGUAUGGGCCACAAGGAGCUUGUCAAGCUGCUCCUUGAGCACAAGGCUAACCCGGACUCGGCUACAACCGCAGGCCACACGCCUUUACACAUCGCUGCACGUGAAGGACAUGUCCACACUAUUCGAAUCUUGUUGGAUACUGGGGCACAGCAGACCAAAAUGACAAAGAAAGGCUUCACUCCCCUCCAUGUGGCCUCUAAAUAUGGGAAGGUUGACGUGGCUGAGCUCCUUCUGGAGAGAGGAGCCAACCCUAACGCAGCUGGGAAGAACGGUCUGACACCCCUUCAUGUGGCCGUCCAUCACAACAACCUGGAUGUUGUUAAACUCCUGGUCAGCAAGGGAGGAUCUGCACACAGCACUGCCCGAAAUGGCUACACUUCCCUGCACAUAGCAGCCAAGCAGAACCAAAUCGAGGUGGCCAGUUGUCUGCUGCAGAAUGGGGCAACCCCCAAUGUCGAGUCCCUUCAAGGCAUCACGCCCCUACACCUGGCUUCACAGGAGGGUAGGCCGGACAUGGUGGCCCUGCUCAUCUCCAAACAGGCCAACGUAAAUCUGGGAAACAAGAAUGGAUUGACCCCUCUGCAUCUUGUGGCUCAGGAAGGGCAUGUGGGAAUAGCUGACACACUGGUCAAACAAGGGGCCUCUGUUUAUGCUGCUUCACGGAUGGGCUACACACCCCUUCAUGUGGCCUGUCACUAUGGCAACAUCAAGAUGGUGAAGUUCCUUCUGCAGCAGCAGGCUCAUGUGAAUAGCAAGACAAGGUUGGGCUAUACCCCUCUGCACCAGGCAGCUCAGCAGGGCCAUACCGAUAUUGUCACCCUGUUGUUGAAACACGGAGCCCAGCCCAAUGAGAUUACUACGAAUGGGACAUCUCCUCUGGGUAUUGCUAAGCGGCUGGGUUACAUCUCUGUCAUUGAUGUGCUGAAACUGGUUACCGAGGAGUCUGUCUCUGCGAUCACUACAGAAAAGCAUCGGAUGAGUUUUCCGGAGACAGUUGACGAGAUUUUGGAUGUUUCAGAGGAUGAAGGAGACGAGUUGCUCGGGAUGGAUGGAGCGCGCUAUUUGAAACUUGAUGACUUCAAGGACCAGGACGAUGACUUCCUCUCCCCGAAGAAAACCCUUAGAGACUUUGAGGGUGGCAUGGGUACAACGCCAUAUUCUCCUGCAAUUCCCAGGAUCCCUUGUGUGUCUCCAGAGACUGUACUACUGGAUCAGCACACCCCCAUCCCCCUGCCAAAGGAGUACGAUGAAGACUCUCUUAUCCCGAGCAGUCCAGCUACAGAGACUUCCGACAACGUCAGCCCUGUGGCCAGCCCCAUUCACACCGGCUUCCUGGUGAGUUUCAUGGUGGACGCUCGAGGAGGCUCCAUGCGAGGCAGCAGACACCACGGCCUGCGAGUAAUCAUUCCCCCUCGAACUUGCGCUGCGCCAACGCGCAUUACAUGCCGCCUGGUCAAGCCUCAGAAACUGACCACACCUCCUCCGCUGGUGGAGGGGGAGGGGCUUGCUAGCCGUAUCAUCUCCCUAGGACCGUCCAGUAUGCAGUUCCUUGGGCCAGUAAUAGUAGAAAUCCCACACUUUGCCUCACUGGGCCGAGGGGACCGGGAACUUGUGGUUCUCCGCAGUGAAAAUGGCUCGAUCUGGAAGGAACACCGUAAUCGCUAUGGCGACGAAGUACUGGAAACUAUUCUGAAUGGCAUGGAUGAAGACUUGGAGAGUUAUGAGGAGCUGGAAAAGAAGAGAAUCCGUCGGAUCAUCUCCACUGAUUUCCCCCUCUACUUUGCUGUGGUCUCCCGCAUUCAGCAGGAGAGCGAUCUAAUUGGUCCGGAGGGCGGCCGGCUGACCAGUAAACUGGUGCCCCACGUCGAGGCUAUUUUCCCUGAUACGGCUGUCACCAAGAGAGUGAGACUGGGACUGCAGGCACAGCCAAUACCUGAUGAACUGCUGACUCGGCACCUUGGUAACCAGGCAACCUUCAGCCCAGUGGUUACCAUCGAGCCACGCAGACGCAAAUUCCACCGUCCGAUCGGGUUGCGCAUCCCUUUGCCACCAUCCUGGAGGGAGAGUGUUCGGGAUGCUGGAGAGGGUGAUACCACCAGCUUGCGACUCCUGUGCAGUGUCAUUGGUGGCACAGCCCCAGCUCAGUGGGAGGACAUCACUGGAACCACCAAGCUGAUGUAUGCCAACAACUGCGCCAACUUUACCACCAAUGUUUCUGCAAGAUUCUGGCUGGCAGACUGUCCACGCACGGCAGAAGCAGUGACCUUUGCCAAUUUGCUGUACCGAGAGCUGAUGUCUGUUCCAUACAUGGCCAAGUUUGUUAUUUUUGCCAAGAUGAAUGAAGCGCGCGAGGGACGCUUGCGUUGUUACUGCAUGACAGAUGAUAAGAUGGACAAAACACUGGAGCUGCACGAAAACUUCACCGAAGUGGCGCGCAGUAGAGACAUUGAGCUGAUGGAGGGCAUGCCACUGCAUCUGGAGUGUUCUGGGAACCUGGUGCCCGUCAGGAAGGCCACGCAGCAGCCUCGCAGCUUCAGCUUCCAGGCCUUCAGAGAUAACAGGCUGCCCGUCUCUGUCAAGGUCAGAGAUAGUAACAAGGACGCCACUGGGUUUUUGUCCUUUCUGCGGAAGUGCACCAAAUACGAAGACACACAGCAUGUACUGUGUAACCUUAACAUAACCAUGCCGCCAUGUGUCAAGGUUAUAGGAAGUGAGGAGCGCAGGCGAACCUUAACCCCCCUCGCCCUGAGGGAACGCUACAGUGCACUGAAUGAGCCUGGUGUGGCCACAGUGAAUGCCAUGGAGAGGACUGAGAUCAAGAUCAACAUCAUAUCUGAACAGCUUGGUUUGAGCUGGGCAGAGUUGGCCCGUGAACUUCAGUUUGGUGUGGACGACAUCAAUAGGAUCCGUGUGGAGAAUCCCAACUCCCUGCUGGACCAAAGUUCUGCCCUGCUCAACCUGUGGGCCAGCAGAGAAGGCAAAAGGGCCAAAAUGGAGAGCCUUUACACCGCUCUGAAGAACAUCGACCGUGCAGACAUCGUAACCUCUGUGGAGGGUCAAGCUCCACAGCCAGCACCCGGUUCUUCAGAAGAGGGUGCUUGUCGUCUCAUCGACCGCGACUCCACCCUGCUGUCCCCCAGUGUCCUCAAUGGUUAUGGGCUGGUGCAGGAUGAGCUGCUGUCCCCGGCCUCCAUGCAGUACAGCUUGCCUUCUCCACUGGGCAUAGAGCCCUACUGGCAGGAAGUCUCCAGCCUCGAGUGUGCCCCUAUUGCCACCACUGAAGAAGACACAUUAAUGGAGAUGUCGGACGUUCAGGUGUGGCCAGCAGGGGUCAGCCCCUCGCUGGUUACGGUGGAGGACUCAUCGCUAGAGGGCAGCAGUCGGGCUGACGACUCAGAGGGCGCCACGCUCUCCCUUCCCUGCAGCUUGGGUCGCCCGAGCAGCGGUGCCAGCGGGGCCAGCGGCUCCAUCAUGGAGCUGGAGGAGGAGGAGGAGGAUGAGGAAGGGGAGGUUGAGGAGGAGGAGGCACCACAGGAGCCAGCAACUGCACUGGCAGAAAGGGACAGGGUGAGGGCCAGUGGCGCCGUUCCCAAGGUCAACCUAAAUGGCCAGCUGGGAGGUCAGAGGUCGGAUAAGAGGAGAGGGGAGUCCCUCGCAGCAGGAGGAGGAGCAUAUGGUGGGGGAGGUGUUGGGAUGGGUUCAGUGGAAGGAAUUUCUGUUGUUGCAGGCCAGCAGGUGUAUGCCCAGCGGUGUGAGAUGUUGGGACUGAGUCGGGCUGCGGAGCACAAUGGAGAUAACCGAGUGGUCGGAGGCGGCGCAUUUCAACCCUACUUACCAGACAGGGACUCCCUGCAGGGCUGGGUGGGCUCGGUGUCAUCGGGACGUGGCGACAGCGGGCCAGGCUUGCGCGUGGCCCAGGAGGCUCUGCUGACUCCGAGAGAGGAGAAAGAGGACUAUGCUGCUGAGGCGCAGUUUGUUUCUGAACACGGAAACCAGCUUGCUCGAAAGGACCGGAAAGCCACUGCCAAACCAUCCUCCACAAAAACACAACCAGACCGCAGAGGAAAAUGAGCAAGGGACGAGUAAGACAAAGACUAAGAAGUGUAAACCACAAAAUGACAAACACAGAAUCAUCCUCAACGUGUGACCAUGGAGCACCACAAAAGAAAAGAGACAGAUGGGGGUAAAAAAGAGGAGUUCAACUUGUAGUUUUAUAACAUUUGUAAAGAAAAAUAUCAGCUAGACUAAGGCAUGAUGAUUCUUUCUUUUUUUUCUUUUUCUUUUUCUUUUUUUUUUUUUUUUUUUUACAAAAAACCCCAUAAAUAUCAGUAAAACAAACCAAGAAAAAAAAGCAACAAAAAGUGCUUCCUGUGAACUGUAAUCGCAUGAUGACUGCUGGUGCAUGCCCUUUGACCUUUUGAACUGUCAUUAUCUAUAAACUGAAGGGGUACAAGGUACGGGGCUGGCCCACGCUUGGGACAAACAGGCCAUUCUAAGGACCCCCACCCCCCACCCCACCCCCCUAAACUGGAGUGGCAAGCAAGUUGAGUCUAAUAACACAACAGCCAAAAAGAAGUCCCUGGAUGGAUGGUUCUGUAUACAGCUAAGCCUCUGCUGAGCCUACUGCUUCUUUUCACUGGACCCUUUCCCUUAUUAUUCUCAAUGUGAUAUAUGCACUCUAUGCUACGUGGACAUGUGUCAGUGUGUGUAUGUGUGCGUAUGUGUGCGUGUCUUCUUCUCUACCGCAUGUGUUUCUUGCUUCUGGCUUGGCGCAGAGCCCUGCCUCAUGAUUGGCUCGCCGCCCCUGUGAUGUCAUGGUGUGCUCAGUGCUGGAAUGAAAAGCCCGCUGUGCUCCCCUGCUGGUGAGUGUUCCUGUCUGCGUGCGUUAGCGUCUUUUUCCGUUUGUGGAUGAAGCUACUUUCUCGUUAUUCGUUCCUUUGAAACCCGUCCACCUUGGUGUCAAGCGUCGUUCGGCCCUUGGAUAGGGAGCUGAAGCUCUUUUAACCCCUUGUGUUUUCAGGGGAAAUGUGUUUUUCAGACAUGGGGAAUGUUUUCUUCGGAAAGGGGUUGAUUGCUUUAUUGCGGCUCUACAACACAAAGAUCAGCCUUUUCCCUCCCUUUUGACCUUUUCAACCUGCUUCCGUUAUUCCUCCCUGUUGCGCACAUCACUUUAACUCAUGAUCUUUAUCAGUAGCCUCAGUCAAUAUGCAGUAAAAAUCACAGGCCACUCUAUCGGCAACUAUAGCUACUCCAUAAAAUGUUAUAAACUUUGUGUGUGCUCCCUCUUUAUCUGUUUGCAACGACUGUAGGGCCUCACUGUCAAAUUUCCGGUUCAUUCAUUUGAAACACAGUGAAUGAAGUGGAGAAAUCGUUGGAGGAUCUGAUUCGUGUGAGGAUGUAGAGAUUUGGAGGGUUUCCGGUUAAACGAAGUGUAAAACAGCACGAUGCCACUACGACAUGUGAUGGUGAUGGUAACUGUGCAGCGAGGACAGACAGGUAGCACUGUGAUUGUCUUAUUAACACUGACCCCAGACUCGUGAACUGUGAAGACACAAAAACAUUCAUAUUCGAACAAAAGCACACUCAGACACACACCUGUCCAUAUACACAUACAUAAUCAGAAACACAUUACAUCAUCAAACAAUUAUUGCCUGGGCCGAGUGUCAGAUCGUUUCUGGAGUCUGCUACAGCAAUAAUACUUAACUUAAGGAUUUGAAACUGAACGGUGUUAAUGACUGAACUCCUCAGUGAAGACAGAAACUUCAUCCAGAUGAACAGCAAACGAGUUUGGCAUUGGACAGAUCGACCUUCAUGUGAAUGAGUCAGAGAGGAUACACUGAUGCAAGAUCAGACUCAUCUGUAGCGUGUGAGACUGUGGAGGCCUGGGAGGGAUUAUUUGUUUUUCAGCACUAAAAGUAGCAAAAUAUGAACCAGGAUAUUUUCACUUAAUAAACUAAUACCUAUUAAGGAGUUUGCUGCUGCCGUAAGGUGGACACCACCUAACUCCAUUUUUGUUCUCUGAGUUAUUAAGUUGUAGUUGUUGUUAAUGUUUCACAAUUUAAAAAAACUAAAAACGGUGGCAUCACUGUAAAACACCACUUGUUCUCUUCAUCUCUGAAACACUUACUUUAUGCAGAAACCUGACGGCAGCACAAUGAAAGGGUCAUAUCAUAGUAGCAGACAUUUCCUGGAAAUCAAAAGACAAUAUUUUUAAGUACUGUAAAUGCUACUGUAGCCUGGAUGAGCGAAUGAACACAUUAGUUACGCAUCACACACAAAUGCACAUAUUUUCCAUGCCCAGUCCGUGCACACGAGAGCCUCAUCCGAUAUAGCACAUGUUUAUUACAUAUCACAUGUUUUCCACUGUUACUCCACUCAGGUUUUCAGUUCUGCUCUGUCAGAAUCAAAAUAUUUCCGUUUUUAAGUUCUGAGUCCUCCUCUCAAAUGCGAGUGCGGGACACAAAGUGAGCGGGCAGGAUGGGGAUGCACGGGGGGUUUGGGGGUAGACGUAUGAAGCAGGAUGGUUUGUGUGUAAGUGUGUGUGUGUGUGUGUUUGUGGUGGGAAUCUCUUUGAUUAAAUUAAGACCAAAUAAAGGACACAGAGUAUUGAGUAUGUGGCCAGUAACCACUGAGUUCUUUGCCCUGCGCAUGCAAAUGUGCAUUUGAGAGGCAAACGUCUCCGUCAGUUGUGUGUAUCCAAAUUCAUUUCAAAUAGUGAUGAACAGAAAUGAACCACAGUGAAGCGUUACUCCCUCGACGAAGACGUACACCAAAUAAAACAAGACAGUUUAAUUUAAUGAAUGUAAAGCUAAUUUCUCUUCACUGUUUGCAGCUGCCUGCGGGGGCUGCCAAAACACAGUCCUUACAGUGUUUUCCAUUUUUGACCCACCAAACAAGACAACCUCUAUUUUUAUUUACAUGUGUCAAAAAGCUUGUGGAUGAUGGAGGCGGGUGACUCCCUCUUUGUGUUAAUGUAUUAGAUAGUCGAUAUUUAUCAUCUUCUACUGUAUCGGCACAAGAAAGAGGUUGGAUUUAGGCAUUUUAAAGAAAAUCAACGACAUAAUCUUGUGGUGUUCUUGUGUGAUUCAUAAUCCUUAAGAUCCUUUUUACAACAGCCAUUCAAUAUAUUUGCAUGGGAAAUUGACUCUACACUAUAUACUAGCAGUUUUAUGAUGCAGACAACAAAAAUAAACGUGUCUCAAGUAACGUGCAAGACAGCAUUCAAUCAGUAUUACCGUGUCAGAUGACCCUGUUGGCUGCAUUCUUUAGUCUUCAUGAUGAAUCUUAUCAUGCAGUUUGUUUGGUUGUGCUUUACACAAGUUGCUCUUCUUUGUCCUUUCUGGUAAAGAAGCCAUCAAGGCUAUAGUAGCCACUAAAAAUGUGAAACGUAUUUAGAUUAUCAUGUAGAAGAUUCAAUUUACAGAAAAUAUUGUAAAUGGCACCAAUAAUUAAAUGUGAGAAAAUCUUUUGGGGGGGGAUAAUCAGAAACAUAUGAAAGGGUAGGGCUUUGUCAGGGAAGAUAGUAGUAUUAAGUAUUUCUAAAAUCCAGACAGGUUGCCUCUCAAAGUGUGUUUGCUGUUAAGAAAAAUCACACUUGUUACCACCAGUAACCACAGGUGUCACCAAAUCAGCCAAGACUAAAAUCUUAAGGAUCAUAACUUUAACUUGCGAGCCGUUAUCCCCUUGUUUAGCUUGCACGCAAAAGACCAGAUAUUGAUAAAUCUUGAGGAAAUGUACACUUUGCCUGAGAAGUUAUCUAUGAGGUAGUAUUAUUUUAACGGAAAUCUGAGGUGGAUUUUUGCAAACAUGAUUUUGGAUUUGCAGUGUGAACUAGUCACAGGUCCCCACCCCCCAAAAUCAAAUGAUUUGAAUCCAUUUUUUGGAGGGGAAUCAAAUUUAUUUCUCUAGUUUUUUUGAUAAAUUCAAACUCUACCAUGUUUGUGUUACACCGGUAUGUAAAGUGUGUGUGAGUGUGUGAGAUUGUGCUUGUUGGACCAGGGGGAAGAAGAGAGACCGUUUUUACCGUUUUGUGACUUGAGAGGACGUGUAACCUAUGACGAUGUAUUAAAAAAAAAAAAAAGUAUUGUAAAAUUUUAACUGUUGCGAAGAAUAGAGCUCACCUAUACUCCUUUAGAAUGGAUACAUGACAAUGUAAACGCAAUAUCAUAUUACUCUAUCCUAAGGAAUGCAACUGCGCACAUGCACAAAAAAAUAUGUUUUUAUGAAAAUAUAUGUAUAAAUAUAUGACAAAAUAUAUUUAAUUAGAAUGCUAUGCACCCUCAUAGAGUUGUUAUGGAUGUUCUUUAAGCAUUACCUAGACUAGGCCAACGCCCACAUCAUGGGGAAUGUAGAGGCUUUGUAGCUAUGACCACUUGUUUUCUUUUCUUUUGUAUUUGUCCUGGAGGAGAGGAUAAACAAACGUGAAUAUGUAUACAAGCCUUUCAGUCAGAAUAAUUUUGACAUGAAGAUAUGUAUAGAUCAUCUUACCCUGUACACCAGCUCAAACCAUUUACAAGAAUUAAUAAACAAAGAUGUGACAUAAA